UGCAGCCGUAACUCUCUGCCGCACAACUCCAAACUGACGAAACGGCGCGAUAUAAUUCGCGAUCGCCAAGUCGCCAACUACCGAAGCUGGGCCCCCGGCUGUGACAUUUCGUAUGCACCACGUCGACGCAUUCCUGCGGAUCGUCGUGUGCCUCCGAGGCGUCGGAAAGCGUGGUUUGGUGAGUGAGCGAUGAGCGGAACACAACCACUCGUGACACCACCACCAACAAUAACGAGCAGCGUACCGACAAAACCAGCGGACAAUGGCUCCGCGAGCACCGUCACGGCCAACACGGGCUCUACCGAUGCUGUGACGAGUCAGAAACGGCGAACGCAAAGCUUUUGCUAUGCCCCGCGCUGCCGCACGGGUCAGAAAGGCGCGCCGCGCUAUUCCCUGUUCACCGCGCCCAAGGACCCAAAUGAGAGGAAAGUGUGGCAGUACAAUCUGCGCAGGCUAGACAAGCCCCUCACCCAGUUUUCGACCGUGUGCGAGCGCCACUUUGACCCGCGUUUCAUCGUGCGACACUACGUCCACAUCAUCAACGGUGCCGAAGUGCGGAUACCGCGGGGUAAGCCCAAACUCGCCAAGGGCGCAUUUCCCACGCUGCUCCCGGACUUACCGCCAUACCUGUCCAAGAGGUUGCCCAAGCAGAGGCCCACCAAGGGCAGGGAACAGCCUCCACCCGCGAAGCAGACCGUCCCGACGCCGCCAGCAUCUUCCAAGAAGCAAAAGAAAGCGCCACAAGACACUGAAGACGACAAGUCUUGUCCCGACGGCCAAGUGGAGGGCCCCGGGAACGCCGACACCCCUACUGCCGCGAACCAAACGGUUAGCCAUGUCGUUCCGGAACCGCCGCUCACGAUAGAACGGCUCAGGAAGUGUGACUUGGGGCUUCCAUCCUGGUGGUGCCUUCUGGGAACGAGGGACCCGCACAGGGUGGUGUUCGCCACCACGGUGGUGAAAAAGACGGCGCCUGACGAUUCGCUUGAGGUGACGCACCCAAAACUGGUCAGCUUCUCGAAGUGCGACGACGGCCCCGAGAUCGUGGUGGAGGCAUACUUCCAGGGUUCCCUCUGCUGCAAGGCACUUGUCACGUCGCUGGACGAAGCGAAGGCGAUUAUACGGGAUGCAGACGCGACGCACAUGUGCAAGGGGUCCAUGACUCCGAGCGAGUUUGCGGAGAUAUCCGGCGACGUCACCACGCAACUCCUGCUCAAGAUCGGCAAGAAUAACGAAGGGACCGUGUUUAGCCUGGAGUGCACAAGGAACGUUGACUCUGAAGGAUCAGUGUGCGGGCCCUGCAAGGUAUUGCGGAAGGUUCUACAGACGAGAAAGGCCCGAGUUCUCAAAAAACUCAUGAAAGACUGCCUCGAUGAGAAAGAGCCCUCCAGCCCGCAGCAGAUGACGCAGAAGCACACAUCAUUGACGGCGCAGGCGACGGCACAGACGACACCGACGAAGACACUGACACCGACGACGACACCGACGACGACACAUCCAACCAUCAUUAAAUUCUCCGCUGCAAAAGGGCUGACAAACGGCUCAUAACGAAUGUUUACAAACUCUCUCCCAAAAGGUUUCUUGUAGAUAAUCUCUAAAAGGUUCCCAAACAUUCAUUGGAGCUACCUUAAUCAUGCACUCUUUGUUUAGUAAACAUGCCCAAUGCCUGUCCCGCUCGCGAUAAUUUGUUCUCGGUAAUCGUUCAUUCGCUACUCAAGUGGCGUGGUGAGCGAACACCAGCAAACAAUUUCUACACUUCAGUCGUCUUGACUCAAUGUUGAUUGCACAUCGGCUGCUUCCUGAGAACUUUAGAUGGUGUCUUCAACUACGUGAUUAGUGUGGCUACCAAGCAAAAUACCGGCGAACAUGUGCGACUUGGAGCCAACGCAACUUGAUAUUCGGCCCAUGUUGGCUAUUUUUCUGCCUUUACGAAAUAACAAGUUCGAAGCUUGCUCUUGCUCUUACUCUCGCAGUGAUUAGUUUAACCAUCAUAGAAACCGUUUAAACAUAUUCAACUCUUCCUUUGAAAGUGCUUAUUUUGGCCAGCUGAAAGCAUCAUAAUCACUGCAACUAUUGUAUUGGUUUGGUCAGUUAACUCUUUAGAAAAGCAAACUGCUGCCAAACAGUGCGUGUAACGCUUGUCAAGUUAGCUGCAGCAAGAUCACCAAUACCGCCCCAUUGCGAGUAUCUAGCCUUAUUGAUGCUUAUGCGUUGUGUUGCGACUUGCGGAAGCAUUGCGGCAAACGAAAUUCAGAUUAGCCGGUCUUAAUGACUUAAAUAAAGACAAUUUGGAAAUCCUGAGAGUGACAAUGGAAGCGAGAAUGAUGCCUUUCAUGGAAUUCCAUGGUCAAGUUAACUUAGCAUGCUGCUGCUCGUAAACAAGUGCUUCAUCCGUUCCCCGACUAGGGAACCUUCUCGUAAUAUUUACGUGAACACCUGAGAAUUGUUAAGCCCCACAUGGCCCUCAUCUUCAUUUACAUAAAAAAAAAAAGCUACCAUCAUCAUGUUUCUCUGUUUGAAUAAACACAGUCAUCAAAGAGAGUUAAUGUUUGAAA